AUGGUCCGCAAUAUCGUCGUUCUUGGUGGUUCGUCGCAUCCUCAGCUCAACGAGUCGAUCUGCGAGAUCUUAGGCAUCCCGCAAGGUAACGCGAUCCUUUCAAAGUUCUCAAUAGGAGAGACUCGUGUCGAGAUUGGAGAAUCAGUUCGUGGAAAAGAUGUCUACAUCAUACAAUCCGGCGGAGGAAAGGUCAAUGACCACUUGAUGGAAUUACUCAUCACAAUUUCAGCCUGCAAGACGGCAUCGGCGAAGAAAGUCACGGCGGUGCUUCCACUCUUCCCUUACUCUCGGCAAAGUGACGUCCCUUACAACAAGACCGGUGCUCCGUUGGUCAAAUCCUCGACCCAAUUCAACAAGCCAGACCUUGCAGACAACGGCUACACCUUUGAAAGCACCCCACCAACACCUCACCCAGACAAACCAUGGAGUCGAGGACUCACAAACGGUAUAGAUGGACUGCACAAAUCUCUAGCCAAAGUACACAUCGAUGACUAUGAGAUCAGCCCAACGACUCAUACGGCACGUUAUGCGCAAUACAGCAAUGGCGUUACGUCUCAUCCUAAACGUAGCGAUACCUCUGAGUCUUCGAAGAGUGGUGACUACUUCCUUCGCCAGCAAGCCUCUUCCCACGGCUCUCUCACCAACGGCGUCAACGAUGACAACGCUUCAGUCACUUCGGAGAGUCUCCAAAGCGCAUUUAAACCAAGCCCAGGAUAUAAACAAUGGGUAGCACAAGCUGGGACACUAGUCGCGGAUCUCCUGACCUGUGCUGGUGCGGAUCAUAUCAUCACCAUGGAUCUACAUGACCCUCAGUACCAAGGCUUCUUCGACAUUCCAGUGGACAACCUUUACGGCCGACCCCUGCUGAAGAGAUACAUACAGCAACACAUUCCGGACUUUAAACAGUGUGUCAUCGUCAGCCCUGACGCAGGAGGAGCAAAACGUGCAACCGCCAUUGCAGACUCCUUGGGCACGGAAUUUGCUUUGAUUCACAAGGAACGCCGUCCCACCAAGAUCACAGAUCGACAAAACGCCACCAUGAUGCUUGUGGGAGAAGUGGCAGGCAAAACUGCCAUAUUGAUCGACGACCUUGCCGACACAUCCAACACAAUCACCAGAGCUGCCAAGCUGCUGAAGAAGGAGGGUGCCUCGAAAGUGUACGCUCUGGUCACGCAUGGCGUGUUAAGUGGCGAUGCCAUCGAGCGCAUCAAUGCUAGCGCUCUGGAUCGUGUGGUUGUGACGAACUCCAUCGAUCAGAGAGAGCACAGGCUAAAAUGCCCGAAGCUUGAAGUCUUGGAGGUUGGGCACGUUUUUGCCGAGGCAAGCCAUUCGCCGCGUUCACUACGGCGAAAGUAUCAGUGUGCUCUUCCAGUACGACUGAUCGGCUUCGCUUCGAUCGGACCGGAGCUGGCGUAG